UAUCAUCAUUCAGUUCAUCAGUAAACUGAACAACCGUUUGAUAAAGCAAACCAUCCGCUGGACUACGCUGCUGUGAGUGAUGGCUCACGCUAAUAAUGGCCACCGCCAUGAGCUGCUGCAGCAGCGGGGCAAGCCUCCUCCACAAGUGGCCCUAGUGGUCUCUGUCCUGCUCGUGUGUCCUCUCCUCGUCCUCCUCCUGGUGCGCCGCUGCUUCGUAACCACGCCGUCGACGGCCACCGCAAGAGCCAGAGAACAGCAGCUGAGCAGGCUGCCUUCGCCUCCCCGCAGGCUCCCCAUCAUCGGCCACCUGCUGCACCUCGUCGGCGGCCUCCCGCACGUCUCCCUCCGUGACCUCUCCGCCAAGCAUGGCCGCAACGGCCUCAUGCUCCUCCACCUCGGCGCCGUCCCCACGCUCAUCGUCUCCUCGCCGAGCGCCGCGCAGGCCGUGCUACGCACGCAGGACCACAUCUUCGCAUCCCGAGCUACCUCCCCUGUCACCGACAUCCUCUUCUACGGCUCCACCGACGUCGUCUUCUCGCCCUACGGCGAGCACUGGCGCCAGGUCAAGAAGAUCGUCUCCGCUCACCUCCUCGCCACCAAGAAGGUCCGGUCCUACAGCCAUGCACGUGAGCACGAGGUGAGGCUUGUCAUGGCCAAGAUCCGCGAGGCGGCGACCGCAGGCACCGCCGUCGACCUAAGCGAGCUGCUCGUCUCCUUCGCCAACGACGUCUUGUGUCACGCCGUGUUUGGCAAUUUCUUCAGGGAGAAAGGCCGGAAUAAACUCUUCCAAGAGCUCGUCGAGGCGAACUCGUCCCUGCUCAGCGGUUUUAACGUGGAGGACUACUUCCCGGUGCUGGUGAGACUAGACAUCAUCAAGAGGAUGGUGUGUGCAAAGGCCCAUAGGGUGAAGAAGAUGUGGGACGGCUUGCUCGAUUCGCUCAUUGAUGACUAUGCAAGCAUGCCAGCGUCGAAAUGUGAUGAUGGGGACGAGAAUUACUUAAUUGAUGUCUUAUUCUCUCUUCAACAAGAGAACAAACUCACGAGAGACCAUAUAAAAGCCCAGUUGGAGAUCAUGUUUGAAGCUGGCACAGAUACAUCAUUCAUGGUGCUGGAAUAUGCAAUGACUCAGCUCAUGCGAAACCCCCGCAUUAUGAACAAGCUACAUGACGAGGUGAGAAACACUAUAGCCAAGGGAAAAGAGAUGGUUACAGAAGACGAGCUCGAUAGUUUAGCCUACCUAAAGGCAGUUAUCAAAGAGACGCUUCGACUCCAUAUGCCGGCGCCGCUCCUUGUUCCCCACUUCUCCAUGGCCGAUUGCAACAUAGAAGGGUACACGAUACCAUCAGGAACACGUACCAUUGUCAAUAGUUGGGCCCUUGCGAGGGAUCCUAGCUAUUGGGAGAAAGCAGAGGAGUUCAUGCCUGAGCGGUUCAUGAAAGGAGGUAGUGCCACAGCUAUAGACAAUAAGGGAAAUGAUUUCCAAUACUUGCCAUUUGGGGCAGGGCGAAGGAUGUGCCCAGGUGGAAACUUUGCAAUUGCCAAUAUCGAAGUCAUGCUUGCAAACCUUGUGUACCACUUCAAUUGGGAGCUACCUUUGGAAUUAGCAAGGACAGGCAUCGAUAUGACUGAAUCGUUUGGGGUCAUAGUGCAUCGUACAAAGAAACUCCUCCUUGUCCCUAUAGUUCCACAAGAUUAACACAUUUGUUUAUAGAGUCCUUUAUGUACACAAUAGAUCUAGGACUCGACCGUGCACUACGUAACUAUCACAAUUGCAUCAUACUUGUGGGUUUUGGACUUGUUGUUAAGUAUAUGCAUACUAAAUAAAGAAAGCAUGCAUUGCAUUGCAUUCUUA